AUGGGAGAGGAAGAUGAAGUCGAAGUAGAGCUUGUUGUUGGGGUAGCUGUAGUCACGACGACGGUGGUAGUGGCGACCGAGGAUGAGCUCGAAGAUGAGAUUGGAGAAGGCGAAACGGAUGAGCUCGAAGAUGUGCGGACAGACGAGCUCGACGGAAUAGAUGACGACGAAGGUGUCGAAGCAGAGCUUGGUGUCGGAGUAGCAGUAGUAACUACUACGACAGUGGUAGUCGCAACCGAUGAAGAAGAAGAAGAAGAAGAAGAAGAAGAAGAAGAAGAAGAAGAAGAAGAAGAAGAAGAAGAAGAAGAAGAAGAAGAAGAAGAAGAAGAAGAUGAUGAUGAUGAUGAUGAUGAUGGAACAGGAGGAGAUGCGGGUGAGCUCGAGGAAGUGAGUACCGAUGAGCUCGAAGGAGCAGGUGGCGGAGAUAGCGAGGAGGUCGAAGACGAGCUCGGUGCUGGAGUAGCAGUAGUCACUACAGUGAGGGUUGUAGUAGCAACUGAUGAUGAAGAAGGCGAAGGCGAAGCAGACGAGCUUGAUGAUGGGAUAGGAGACGGCCUUGAAGACGAGCUCGGUGUUAGGGAGACGGUGGACACAACGACAACAGUCGUGGUAGCCACGGAAGAUGAUGAAGAUGCCACCGGAGCAGGGCUCGAAGAUGAGCUUGGCGAUGGCCUAGUUGUUGAGACGACGACCACAGUAGUAGUAGAAACCCGAGAGGACGAAGACGACACAACCGGCACAGCAGAGCUAGACGAGGAGGACGGCACGAUUAAAGAAGGAGAUGGGCUCGAAGAACUCAAUGGUGUGGAUGUGCUUGAAGGCCUUGGACACGAGGUGACAGUCUGCGUGAAAGGGCUGGUGACUGGGGUCGUAACAGUGGCCGUGCUCGUACGUGUAGUAGUGGAGGAAGCAGAAGUGACCGUAGUAGUCGCUGCGGGCUGA